AAAAAAGAGAAAGUUUCCAAGAUGGCGGCCAAGACCUGCCUGUUCUCUGGAAAACAAUAGAAGCAGCUCAGAGGGAAACAGUUAGCCACUUUCUUCCUGACCAAUCCGCCCUCCAACCUCACACAUCCCGACGCCAGCUCGGCCGGGACACGGAUUAUCCUCGGCGGAGACUCGGGAGAAAGAAAAUUAGACGAUGAUGAUUAAUUUAAAGGUUUAGGGCUAACGGCUAACGGCUACAAGGAGGCGGAGGAUCAGCUGUUUGCUACAGAUGCUGUAGGAAGAGCUACACUUUCACAUGAGUGACUGAAGGCCAUUAGCAAGACAAAGGUCGCCUCCAUGGAGCCAGCACAGGAGUCUUUGUACAGGGUGGAGAGGGGAGGGGGAGCAUAGACGCCCAGACACAGAGAGCAGAGAAAAGAGCCAAAAUUCAAACUUUUUAUGGACCAGACCUGAGCCUGAGACUGGACUUUACUGAUGAUGGCGGAUUUUGUUACACCGCGACACAGCGCGGUGAUGGAGAGGCUGCGGCGGAGGAUCGAGCUCUUCCGGCAGCAUCACACCAGCUGCGAGGUCCGCUACGAGGCCGCGGGCCGGGAGCGUCUGGAGCUGGAGCGGCAGCAAACCUUCGCCCUGCACCAGCGCUGCCUGCAGGCCAAGGCCAAGCGGUCCAGCAAGCACCGGCAGCCCCCGAGCCAGGGCCAGGGCCAGGGCCAGAACCAGGCCGGCGGGGACCAGAGAGCGUCCGGAGCUGGAGGCGGUGGGAGCGGCGUGGACCCCGGGGAGGGAGGAGGAGGAGGAGGAGGAGGAGGAGGAGGAGGCCCCGCGGCGGAGCAGAGCAGGAGCAGCACCCUCAUAGCGCUGCAGGAGACGGUGAAGAGGAAGCGGGAGAACGCUGGCUCUCCUCUGGGCAGAGAUCAGGUCAACGGCUACGCCGACGGGUACCCCCCCAACAAGAAGCCCUGCCUGGACAACGGCCCCCCCCUGGACUCCAAGCUGGGCAUCAGCGACAGCCUCAACUCCAACGGGACCCACGGGUCCGGGGGGGAGUCGGCGCUGGAGGACGGGGGCGCCAGGGACAUGGGCUCUGACUUCCACCCGAAGGAGCUGAAGCAGGAGCCCGACGACAUCCUGCCCAUCAUGCCCCCGGCGGGGGGGGGCAACAACAGCUUGUUCCCAGACCUGAACCUGAACGAGCAGGAGUGGAAGGAGCUGAUGGAGGAGCUGAACUUCUCGGUGGCCUACGAGGACAUCCAGGACAUCCUCAGCGACAGCUUCGAGCCCAGCAAGGACCCGCUGGACCUGGUCCCCGCCCCCGGAGGAGGAGGAGGUGGAGGAAGUGGGGGAGGGGGAGGUGCAGGAGGAGGAGGAGGAGGAGGUGGAGGCCAGUCGUCCACGGGUCUCCUUCCUCCAGAUCUGGCCUGUGUCAAGGCCGAGUUCUCUCCCGGUUCCCCCCACGUCAGGUCCACCUCCUCUGGGCCUCACCCGACCAGCUCCCCCAUCGCCACCUCCACCUCCUCCUCCCCAGCUCUCCCUCCCUCCCAGACUGCACCUCCCCCAAGACAGCUCCAGCCUCCUCCUCCUCCUCCUCCUCCCAACCACCACCUCCCCCCGGGGGGGCCCAAAGACAUGUCCCCGGCUCAGCAGCUCCAGCAUCUUGCUGCCCAGCAGCAGCGAACCCAUCACCUCCACGGCCACUUACAGCAGCCGGGGGCCAAGUUCCACAACCAGGGCCCCCACAACCACCCCCCGCCCUGGUCCCAGAUACCCACCUCCUCCCAGAGCCCACUAGGCGCCGCCCCCUCCCUGUACUCACAGGACUUCAACCCCAACACUCAGAAGCAGCUGCUGAUGUCCACCAAGGGCUCCCCGAAGGCAGCAGGGGCCGGGGGCGGCUACAUGCCGGGGCCCCCCAACAUGCUGGGUCACCUGGCUUCCUCGGGGCCCCCUAUGGGGGGGGGGGGAGCCCAGGCCCCAGGGUCAAUGCUGAACUUCAACAACACCAAACCUCUGUCGCACUUUGAGGCGGGCCCUGGGCCCCCGCGGGUCCCCCCGGCCCAGCAGAACCAGAACCAGAACAAGGCGGCGCUGCUGACGCUAAUCCGACAGCAGCAGCAGAUCAAACAGAAGAGCAUGAACUUCCGUCAGCACGUAGCACACGCACAGGACCAGAACGCCUACUCGGCUCCUCCCCACGGCCAGGGUCCCCCCAACGCCAUGACGUCGGCGCCCGGGAGCAACGCCAUGGCCGCCCAGCCGGGGGCGAACGCCAUGGUGGGUAACCACGGCAACGCAGCGGUGUACAUGAACAGCCCGGCGACAGUGGCGGCGCUGAAGCAGCAGCAGAUGUUGGAGCAGCAGAAGCAGCAGUACAUGCAGCGACAGCAGCUCAUGGCUGAACAGGAGAAGCAGAGGCAGCAGGACCAGCAGCUGCAGAGACACCUGACCCGACCCCCACCUCAGUACCAGGACCAGUCUGGACCCCCGGCCAGUCAGAACCCGUUCCCUCAGCAGCCAGUCAACCAGUUUACAGCUUCCUCUCAGCCAAUGGGCAGCGUCGGCUCCAUGGGAGGCCCCGCCCCCGGGUCCCGCAUGUUCCCUCAGAACCAAGGCAUGAUGGGUAUGAACAUGGGUCAGGGCGGAGGUCCAGGGGGCGGCGUGGCUCCGCCCCCAGCCGCCAGCCAGGCUGACAUGAGCAUGGCGUCCUGCGGAGGGGGCGGGGCUGGCGUAGACGUCCUCUACAACAACAUGAACCUGCACCCCGCCCACCCGGCUCAGCAGCGCCAGCCCCUGGGCCCCAUGAGCGCCCCCUACAGGCAGAACCUUCUGGCUCAGCAGCAGCAGCACCUGAAGGCGCCGCCCAACGCCACCAUCUUGAAGCAGCAGCAGCAGCUCGCCGCCGCCCGCAUGCCGAGCAACAUGGCGUCCAGUCUGCCCGGAUCCAUCAACCAGAGCGCCGCCUGGCAGCAGCAGCUCGCCACCCAGCCCCCCUCCGGCAACACCGCCUUCAACAACCCCGCCUUCCACAUCCAGCAGCAGGCUCGCAUCUCCAAGCUGGCGCCCGGCGCCGUCCCCUUCAACGCCAACGCCACCGGGCGGCCAAUGGGAGGCCUGAACCCGUCGCAGCAGAUGAUGCAGACAAACAUGGCGGCGCCCAACAAUCAGAGCCUGGGCCAGCCGAUGGCCAAUCAGCAGCAGACUCAGCAGCAGCAGCAGGCCAAUCAGAGCCAGGCCGUCCUGUCCGACCUGGCGGCGUUCGGGCCGCAGGGCAACGGUCGCCAGGGGCUACAGUGUAACCAGGGUUACCAGGUGAGCAGGGCGGCCAACCAGCAGCAGCAGGUUUCCUUCGGUUACAACGUGGCGGCGGGGAGCUUCGCCCCAGAGAGCGACCUGGUGGACUCGCUCCUCAAGAGCCAGAGCACCCAGGAGUGGAUGGCCGACCUGGACGAGCUCCUCGCCAGCCACCCCUGACCCGGACGUCCGGCGCCCGGAGGGCUCUCAGGUCAGACCCAGCAGGUCCCGAUCAGCUGGAGGCUUCAGACCAGAUCAGCUGUAAACCACACCAGCUCCUCUCCUGGUCGGUCUCCCACCGCGUUCAGACCAAACACUAACACCUGAUCCAGAUUACAGUCCAGGUGUGAACACUGAUCUGGUCUCCGGAGUCCAGGUUAGAGUCUCUAGAGCUGAUGAAAGGUCUGAACCAGAUCAACCUCCAGAAACGGUUCCUGCUCCUAAUCUGGUUUCAGUCUGGAUUCAGUCUGGUUUCAGUCUGGUUUCAGUCUGGAUUCAAACUGGUUUCAGUCUGGUCUCAGUCUGGUUUCGGUCUGGAUUCGGUCUGGCUUCAGUCUGGUCUCAGUCUGGAUUCAGUCUGGUCUCAGUCUGGAUUCAGUCUGGAUUCAAUCUGGUUUCAGUCUGGUCUCAGUCUGGUUUCGGUCUGGAUUCAGUCUGGAUUCAGUCUGGAUUCAGUCUGGAUUCAGUCUGGAUUCAGUCUGGUUUCCAGCCCUUUUCUACCAGGAGUUUAUCUGAACGCCUCCAGUCUGACACUGUUUAUGGACGGAGUCGCACUAAGACUACUACUGAUCCUGUGGCUCAGUGUUUAAACCACUGUACUCCCACCCCCCCCCCCCCCCCCCCACCCCACAGCGCCACCUAGAGACUCCUCCUGUUCGUUACAUCCUUUAAAGCAUUAAAGAGUCGCGUUUAAAGGGCCACGGCUGUUUUUACAUGUUUGACACGUGUCGAUGAGAAACCGGUUCUGGCUGCGGUUUCAUUACUGUUCCUGCUCAUUUUCAUAUUUAAAAAUAAAAGCAGCCGUCGAGGCAAAAUAUUAAAAUACCUCAAACAAUGGAGCUCGGUUUGUUCAGGGAAAUCACCUCAGCCAGUGAUUUCCUCCUGAUACACGUCUGUGGAGUUUAUUUUUUAAACCUUUUUCUUUUUGUUAAAACGUGUAAAAACAGAAACGUGGCUUUAGAAACGUGACGGAUGAUGGAGAAACUCCUCCGCUGUAACGCUGCGUUUCACAUGAAUCACAACGUUCACUCAGAGUCUUCACAGCUUUUAGAUGUGAAAUCAUUUCAGGGCAGAAAAACCCUGAAAAAUCCCUUAUUCAAGUUUAAAAUCAACUUCACUUUGUUUUUAUGGCCUUGAAUUUGAAUUCAUUCUGAAUUAACAAACUGAGUAUUUUAAAAGACCUGAUGAUUUUUACUGAAACACAGAUUUGAUUUUUACCAAAGUUGGACAAUUUUAAAACUUAAACAUUAAAAACGCAGCGUUAUAGCGGCUCCUUAAAACAGUUAAAGCUUCAGCGUCUCUGAUGCUGCGUGGUCCGGUUUAAACCCGAUGCUUCGUGGUCCGGUUUAAACCUGAUGCUACGUGGUCCGGUUUAAGGUGGACCCGAUGCUACGUGGUCCGGUUUAAGGUGGUCGUCUUAUCUACUGUACUGUUUGUUUUGACCCUCGAGCUGCGUAUUUUCUCGCAGACGUUUUAUGUGUCGCGGCUGAAGGAAGCGCUGGCGGCCGCUCUCUUGUUCUGGUUCUGUCGUGUAAAUGUCUAUAAAUAUAUUUUUUGUAUGUUGGCCUUUCCUAAUGACCUGGAGAAGAUAGAUGUUAUUUUUAUAUAUUGCAGCGGAGGUUUUGUAAGUAUUUUAUACUUUUGAUAUGUUCUCUGUAAAACAAAGAGUAUUAUGUAAAUAUAGUUCUUUAGAAACA